AUGAAGUUUCUUCAGAUAGAAGACCCCCGUGAAAUUAUGUCAAUCGGAUGCCGCUUGCUCCAUUUGCUAGGGUUGGGACGUGAUAAUCGCUUCAGACUGGUGUAUUGGAUUCAGUGUUUAGUAUACGUGGUGUUUAGUAUCAUACCGAGGAUCUUACUACAGAUCGAUGAUGUAGUCGUGCUGCUUCGACUAAGUUCAGAGAUAGUGUUCAUAAUAUACCUUUGCUUGCAAAUGAUGGCUCUCUACUUACGGCGCUCCUACCUUUACAAACUGGUGGAUAUGCUCCAGCAGUGCACCGAACAACCGCUUUCAGAGGAAAUAUACAGGUUCUUUAUUCGUUCCAACUUCAAAAUUAACAAAUCGUCGGUAGCAUAUGUGAGAUUUUUCCUGGUGAUAUAUGUUUUGUACUGUACGAUAUCACCAAUAGCCUCGUGCAUGGUAUAUCUGCGCAAUAUGCGAAACGAGACGGGUGUACAAGAACAAUUUAUAAUAUCCACCGAAAUGAAGUAA